AUGCCUCAUUUCAGUGAAACGCAAUUAUCAACUAAAACGACUGAUACGAUUAAAAAAAGUUCAAUUUCAGAUGAACAAUUAAAAUCUGAAUACGCAUCGAAAACCAUCUUCAAAGUUGUGUGGACCAAAAUUAGCAACAGAAAACACAAAAUAUGGGAAGGCGAUGGACUGCUCGAAGUGUCCGGUAGAAACGCAGUUCUAAAGGACGAAACGGGCACAAUCAUCUCUAGCACUAAUGGACUUAAAGUAAACGAAGUAACAGAGGGCAUUCAGUUGAUUGUUGGAUCAAAAGAGGUCGAUGUUUUGGAGAAAUGUGAUGGAAACCGCGUGUCUAAUCUAACAAAUCAAACAACAACCGAAAACGAUCGCAAAAGGGUUUGCCUGGUAGGACUGACAAGAGAAAGGUUCAAGCCACCGCAGCGAAUUCAACAAAAAUCACAAAGUAGUGAAAAUACUAAGAAAUAUAUGCUACAGCAGAAGCAUGUGCCGUUAAACAAUGCAACCAGCUUACCACAUGAGUCGUGCCUGCAGGAGAAUAUCGGUUCAACCCAUUUCAAAUUCGUUGCAACGUUAGAACCGCAAACUGCUCAGGAGCUCGUAGAACCUUUAAUCAUGAAAAAACCUUCUUUUGAACACCAAUUUCAUAAUAACGCCAGCAACGACGCGGUGGCUGAAGUGCAUGUACCCUUGUGCCUAACGCAGCAUUUACGGCCACACCAACGAGAGGGAGUAGCUUUCUUGUAUGAAUGCGUGACUGGAAUGAGGAUGGUUGAGCCAUCUGGGAAUGGAGCAAUCCUGGCAGAUGAAAUGGGACUAGGAAAAACGUUACAAUGUAUCGCAUUAAUGUACACUCUAAUGAAAACCGGACCGUACGGGAAACCUUCAGCGAAACGCAUCUUGAUCGUUACCCCGAGUAGUUUGGUGGACAAUUGGGACCGAGAGAUCACCAAGUGGUUGCAAAACCAACGAGUUUUUACGUUUAUAGUGGGACCAAACAAUAAGUUAAAGCAGUACGUACAAUCGCAGCACAUACCAAUCUUGAUAAUAUCAUACGAGAUGCUCUCGAAACAAAUAUCAGAGCUGGAAUCGGUUAAAUUUGAUCUCAUCUUCUGCGACGAAGGUCACCGGUUAAAAAACAGCAAUGUGAAAGCCUUCGCUGUGUUGAAUAAGAUAGAAUGCAAACGACGUGUGCUCUUAACUGGCACACCCAUACAAAACGAUUUGCAGGAAUUUUUUUCGCUGAUCAACUUUGUUAACCCGGGUAUAAUCGGAUCGUAUCAGGACUUUAAGGCGCGGUAUGAAACACCGAUCGUAGUCUCCCAGCGUCCUGGUGUUUUACCGCAGUCCAUCGAGUUAGGGAUUGAACGUUUAAACGAACUAAACAACAUAACAGGCCGAUUUGUGCUGAGACGUACCCAAGAAGUCAUCAACGAAUAUCUCCCUGAUAAACAUGAGCUGGUAGUGUUUUGUCAACCAUCGGAAUUACAGACAAAAUUGACACGAAGUGCACUGCAGUUUUACGAAGACGAAAAAGGAUCGUCUAAUGGCAUCUCACCUCUGCAGAUGAUAACGAUUUUGAAAAAGAUCUGCAACCAUCCUUCGUUAGUAUCGAUGACUAAGAAAGGCGAUCCAGAAUCGCUGGUUCAUCUUUUGUCAGAACAGUUGCCAGCUUGGCAAGAGAUGGGACCUGGGGAUUCCGCAAAACUAGGCAUUGUAGAAGUCCUUCUAGAAAGCAUACAAACAUUGCAAGAGAAAAUUGUGAUUGUUUCCUACUACAACAAAACGUUAGACAUGAUCGCAGGACUGUGUGAACACUGUAGCUACAAAUUCAGCCGUUUAGAUGGUUCUACGGUGACUAAUGAUCGGGGUAAAAUUGUGAGCAUAUUCAACAAUCCAGCGUCCGAUAUUUUUAUACUGCUGCUUAGUGCCAAAGCUGGCGGUGCGGGAUUAAAUCUGGUAGGAGCGUCCAGGUUAGUACUGUAUGACAACGACUGGAAUCCUGCUAACGAUCUCCAGGCGAUGUCUCGUAUCUGGCGAGAUGGACAGCGAAAACCCGUAUUUAUUUAUCGGCUGCUGACGGCAUACUCUAUCGAGGAACGUAUUUUUCAACGGCAAAUUUCUAAAACUUCCCUAAGCGGAACAGUUGUCGACCAGAAACAGAACUUAAGCAAUCUUAAGCUCUCUGACGACGAGUUGAAGGAUCUCUUCUCGAUCAUUCAUCCAAACCACAUGGAUGAUUGCCUGACACACAGUUUACUAGAAUGCCCCUGUGCCGGAAUAGGGAAAGCGCCGGUUAACGAUCAGCAAAAUGAAGGCGCAAAUCCACUGGAAGAAAUUUUUCAUCUCGAGGAGACAGACAGCCCAUUUCAAAUGAGAGGAGUUGGGAAAAAGCACAACAAAAAAAACACUAAAUAUGCGUUGAAAAUGCAAGAAUUGAUGCGAUGGGAGCACCAUCGGGCGCCAGUGUCAGAGCUUACCCUGGAGCAGUUAGGACUGUCUCAGUGCGUCGAUGAGAUUCUGUUUUUGUUUCGAAACAUUGUUUCAGUAAGGAAAUAA